AAGGCAUUUUUUCGCAUAUACUUGUUGAAUCUAUUCCAAAUAAUUCCAAUGACUCUGCACUUGUGUUCUUUGCUUGUCUUCUCCCUGCUUCAAGCACUUCAAAGCAACACAAUUUACAGCAUAACUGCAUCAAGUCCACUGUUUCAGCACCAAACCCUUGUCUCUAGCAGUCAAAUCUUUGAGCUCAGGUUCUUCACGCCUAAAGGAUCAACAAAGCAGUACGUAGGAAUACAGUACAAGAAAAUGACUCCCUCUAAAGUUGUCUGGGUGGCCAACAGGGACAAGCCACUUGGACCUACAGAUCAAUCUGCAAGUUUAAUAAUUGGCGAAGAUGGAAAUCUGAAGCUUUUUGAUGGGCGACAAAACACUGUGUGGUCUACUAAUGUCAUGGCAAAGUCGAAUUAUUCUGAAGCACUGCUUUCAGACUUUGGAAACUUUGUUCUUCAAGACAGGGAAAAGAAUAUAAUGUGGGAAAGCUUUGAUGAGCCAACAGAUACUCUCUUGCCAAGCAUGAAGAUUGGAGUAAAUGUGAAAAAAGGAAAGAAACUAAACUUGACUUCCUGGAAAGGCGAAGAUGAUCCCUCACUCGGAAGCUUUGUCGUGGGAGUGACAUCGGAGAAAGCACCUCAGCUUUUCACUUGGAAUGGAUCAAGUCCUUACUGGAGAAGUGGACAGUGGGAAAAAACCAAGUUCAAUGGAAUACCAAACAUAACCAACAUAAACUACGAUCUGCAACAAGAUAAUGUCCAGGGAACCACAUAUUAUUACCUCAAGAAUAACAGCCCCUUCUUUCACUAUUUUUUCAUCACUUCUGAAGGAUCUCUAAAGUCAGUUUAUUGGUCCGAUGUCUGGACGAAAUACUGGGAGGCACCAACACCAACUACACCUUGUGAAAUUUAUGGAAUAUGUGGCCCCUUUGGAGUUUGCAAUCCGUCUAGUUCACCCAUGUGCAGAUGCUUAGAAGGUUUUAAACCUAGAUCAGAUGAAGAAUGGAACAGAGGAAACUGGACCAGAGGGUGCCUUAGGAAAAUGGAAUUGAAUUGUCAGAAAUCUGCAAGUGCAACAGCUUCAACAACUAUGGAAAAAGAUAAGUUCGUGCAAAUGAGACAAAUAAAAUUGCCAGAUUCCGCCAAUCAUUUGUUGAUAGAUAAUGCGGAAGGAUGUCAAAGUUGGUGCCUAGAAAACUGCUCGUGCUUGGCCUUUUCUUAUGUGAAUGCUAUAGGAUGUAUGGCUUGGAGUAAAGACCUCCUAGAUACUCAGCAAUUCUCCAUGGGUGGCGAAGAUCUAUUUAUUCGACUUGUGGAUGCGAGUGCAGGUGUGGAUACAGGUGUACCUACGCGGACAAAACUUAUCAUCAUCCUAAGUACUAUUUCUGGCAUCAUUUUAUUUGGAGCUGGUAUUUCAGUAUGUGGUCUUUCAAAGUGGAGAGGGAAGUUUAGGAAAAUGACAAUCCCAAGGCUCGUUACAUCAGAAGAUUUGCUAAGGGACACUGCUUGGAAAGACCAAAUGAAGGAAGAUGAUACAUCAAAAUUGGUCGUUUAUGACUUUGAUAGCAUACGCCUCGCAACAGACAACUUCAACGUGAAAAACAAACUCGGGCAGGGAGGGUUUGGCCCGGUUUAUAAGGGAAAACUGAACGAUGGUAAGGAGAUAGCAGCAAAGAGACUUUCAAGCAGCUCAGGCCAAGGCAUAGCGGAGUUCAAGAAUGAGAUUCUUCUAAUUUCCAAACUUCAACACCGAAAUCUAGUGAGACUCCUUGGUUGCUGCAUUGAGGGAGAGGAAAAGAUUCUAGUGUAUGAGUACUUGCCCAACAAGAGCUUGGACACCUUCCUCUUUGAUUCAAAAGAGAAGGCAAAACUUAGUUGGAGUGUACGCUUCCACAUUAUCCAGGGGGUCGCCAGAGGGCUGCUUUACCUCCACCGCGAUUCUUGCCUUAGAGUCAUACAUCGGGAUUUGAAAGUGAGCAACAUUCUCUUGGAUGAAAAGAUGAAUCCCAAGAUUUCAGAUUUUGGGCUGUCACGGAUGUUUGAAGGCACUCAAGUUUUGGUAAAUACUCACAAAAUUGUGGGGACACGUGGUUACAUGUCUCCAGAGUAUGCCAUGGGUGGGAUAUUUUCUGAGAAAUCUGAUGUUUAUAGCUUUGGAGUACUGCUAUUGGAGAUAAUCAGCGGCAAGAAGAACACAAGUUUAGAUUACCCAGGGCAACAUCUCAAUCUCCUCUCUUAUGCUUGGCACUUGUGGUGUGAAGACAAAGGAUUAGAUCUAAUGGAUGAAGGCAUUGCCGAUGCAUUUUUGGUGUCAGAAGUGAUGAGAUGCAUUCAGUUAGGGCUUCUCUGUACGCAAGACCAUGCCAAAGAUAGACCCAACAUGUUUGCCGUGGUUCUAAUGCUGAAUGGGGAGUCCAAUCUUUCACAGCCAAAGCAACCGACAUAUACAUUUUCACGCUCGCACGAAUCCCCAUCACAACAAGAAAGCAUCCGGUCGAUUAAUACCAUCACCAUUACUACAGUUGAAGGAAGAUAAAAUUCUCAAAUGCAUUUUCACUAUCAAUUCAUCUUUCCAGGGGUUCAGUGUUCACCAAAUUAAGCAGCAUGGAUAUGCGAUAAUUUGUUGCACUUUUACGUGGAUAUAUGAUGUAAACAUAGAGAUUGUGAGGGAAUCUGAGUUGCUAGCUCUCUGGUAGAACAGCGUUAGGUGGGCAAGGACGCACAAACGUUCAGAACAUUUGUAAGCAGAAGCAAGGU